AUGUUUAGACCGUUUGCAUUACGCUCGUGUAACUACAAUGUAUCCUCUAAAUUAUCACAAUUGUCGAUCAAAAGAUAUUCUUCAUUCCUCAUAAGACCGUCAAGUAAACAAUCUCGAUAUAUUAACCAUAAGAUAUCUUUCUAUAUAUUAGGUACUGUUGCAGUAUCGACAUCAUUAUAUACUUGGAAGUCUAAUAUAUUGAUUUCUAAUGAUCAAAUUGGAAGUACUGCGGCAGAUCAUUUGAAGGGGGACCCAAGAGCAGACACAUAUGAAAUGGGUCUAUAUUUGGCAUCACAAGAAGAACAGAGACGGAAUCGAAUCAAUUCAAGAAAGGAAAGGCUAAAGAAAACUAAAUCUAAAUUAUAUAGAUUGAUUUUACGAUUAUAUUUUGCAUUUGAUGAUCAUAUAUGGGUUCCAUUAUCAAUAACUUAUCGUUUCCUUGAAAUUACAAUUUUUAUCCUACCUAUCAUAGUAUCGUUUCCAAUAGCAUAUUUCCUGUCGUCAUCAAUUAAUACUCAAACAUGGUGGUUUACUAUGAUCAGAAUGGUGUUACAAUCAUUAGGUCCGAGUUUUAUUAAAUUAGGACAAUGGGCAGCUUCUAGGACUGACCUUUUCCCAAGUGAAUUUUGCCGUAUUCUUGGUAAUUUGCAUAGUAAAGGGAAGCCACAUUCGUUUAAAUAUACUGAAAAGGAAUUGUGUGGUUUAUUCCAAAUAAAUUCCUUGGAUGAAGUUUUUGAAACAAUCGAUAAGACCCCCGUAGGCGUAGGUGCAAUAGCGCAAGUAUAUAUUGUUAAAUUUAAUGAAUCAUUCACAAAAUAUACUGAUGGGAAACAAUGGUUUGCUUUGAAAAUAUUACAUCCACAUGUACUAGAUAAAAUAUCAAAAGAUUUGAAAAUUAUGAAAUUCGGUGCAAUGUUAAUUAAUUUCAUACCAACAAUGGAAUGGCUUUCAUUACCCGAUGAAGUGAGCCAAUUUUCAAUAUUAAUGAAUUUACAACUUGAUUUAAGAAUUGAAUCAUUGAAUUUAAGAAAAUUUAGAAACAAUUUUGAAAAUAAUCCAAGGAUAGAAUUCCCAGAACCGUUAUUAAAAUUUUCAAACACGAAUAUUUUAUUCGAAGAACAUGUAGAGGGAUUACCGAUGGAAUCAUUUUUAGAAGUCAAAGAUUUGAUAACAAAUGUUUCACUUUGUAAAAAAGUUAGUGAUCCAUUUGUUGAUGCUUUUUUAAAGAUGUUAAUCUUAGAUGAUUUCAUUCAUGCAGAUCUACACCCCGGGAAUGUUUUAAUUAAAUUUAUUAAAAUGGAUAAUUUUCAAAAAAGGGUAAUAUCUGAAAAUGAUGAAAGUACAGAGAUUGUGAUUAAAUUGAAACAAUUGUAUAAGGAAGAUAAAGAACAAUAUGUGAACUUUUUAAAAUCGGUGCUAAUUUCUUAUACCCCUCAGAUUUAUUUUAUAGAUGCAGGUUUAGUGACAGAAUUGAAUGAUUUAGAUAGAGUCAAUUUUAUUGAUCUUUUCAAAUCUUUAGUGAAAUUUGACGGGUAUCGAGCUGGUGAAUUAAUGAUUGAAAGAUCGAGAACACCUGAAACUGCAAUAAAUAGUGAAGAAUUUGCUCAAAAAGUUAAAAAAUUAGUCUCUACCAUAAGAAAUCAAACUUUCACAUUAGGAACAGUUUCGGUGGGAAACUUACUUGAUCAGAUGCUUUCAAUGGUUAGGGUGCAUCAUGUAAGAAUGGAGGCAGAUUUUGUGUCUGUAGUUGUUGCUAUCUUAUUAUUGGAAGGUAUUGGAAGACAAUUAGAUCCAAAUUUGGAUUUAUUUGAUAGUUCAAUACCAAUUUUGAGAGAAUAUGCAAUGACACGUGAACGUCGUAGUUUAUUAAGUGGUGCUAAUACUUUCACUAUGGUAGCAUUAUGGUUAGGCUUAGAAUUGAGACAAUGGAUGAAUCUUUCUGUUAAACAAAUUGAAUAUCUCGUUAAGACAGAUCAAUUGUGUCCUAAUUAUUAA